AUAGACGGCGUUCAUACCAUAAAAGAAAUCAUAAAGAAGUUAACCUUCUACGACUUUGGAGGACAGUGUGCGUACUACGCCUGUCAUCAGAUUUACCUGACCAGGAGAGCUUUCUACAUCGUGGUAGUAGACGCUUCUAAAUGUCUGGACCAACAGGUUGAUAAAGAUGUAUGUGAUCAAGAGGGCAGUAUAUUCAGUGGAUGGACAUAUGGAGACUAUUUUGUAUUCUGGAUUAAGUCCAUACAUACGUAUUGUGGCAUCGAGAAAGAAGGAGACAAGAGUCCUCUGGUCCUUAUUGUAGCUACCCACUGGGAGAAUAAGAUUGGGAAGUACAAGGAUAAAAGGGUCUUUUUGGAAAGUCUGCUUAGAAAGCUUCCAAGAUAUUCCAAUUUGACACAAUAUAUAAAGCAGGAUAACUGCUUCUGUAUCCAGUUUCAUGUUCCCAUCGAUGAUUUAGAACGUCGUAUUGUCGAAAUAACAAGUGAUUUGCGAUGGAUUGAAAAAAUUCCAAAAGAAUGGGCAACGUUUGGAAAUGAUCUUAACAAGACAAUAGAUAUAAGAAUUGUCGAAAUAUCAAGUAUCAAAUUAGAUACCACAGAAAAUGAUGAUUGCGUUCAAAGGAGUCGAGAUGAAGAAACGAUUAGAAAACAGGAUAUGCUGCGCUUCUAUCACGAUGCCGGUAAAGUCCUGUACUUUAAUGAGACCGGACUAAAGCAGUCCGUGAUAAUUGAUGUUCAGUGGUUUGUUGACGUAUUUAAACAUGUUAUCACAGAUACACUACAUGUGGACGGUAUAAUUGGAUCUUCCGGGGACUGGUAUGAAUAUUAUGAAACUGGGAAUCUUAAAGACACACUUUUGGAGAAUAUAUGGGCAGAUUCAAAAAAGACUGAUACACUUUGUCAUAAACAAACGAUACUCGAUUUUAUGCAAAGACUGGGUUUGGUAGCUGUUGGAAAAGAAUCUCACUAUGUUCCAUGCAUGAAUCGAAAAGAAAUGAAUGACAAUCAAAAGAAUAUUCUACAGUCAAAGAGUAAAUCAUCACUUCUUGUGUAUCGAUUCAAAGUUCUGCCUUUUUUCUUCUUUUUCCGUCUUGUGGUUGCAUGUAUGCAAGAAAAAGGCUGGACUGUUCCCAAAAGUGAGGGAAUAUCUUAUCUAUACAAAAAUAUGGCUUUGUUUGCCUUUGGUCAGUACAAUAUCAUCCUCUCUGUCACAGCAGAUUCCAUACAGCUACAGGUUCUUCAUGCUCAGGAUGAACAGUCAUUGGAUGAGAGAAAAACGCGUCAGAUCCAAGGAACCGUAGAGACACAUCUUAAUGCAAUUAUAGGAACCUUUCACAAAAAACUUAUGUUUGUUCGAGGCAUUAGAUGCCAGGAAGACAAAUCUACUCCAUUUGCAAUGAAAAUUGAAGGAUAUUUUUUGGAAGAAAAAGACAUACAAUCUGAGGAUCAAAAUGAAAUUUGUCCUCAGCAUCGACUUGAAAACAAACAUAAAAUCAACUUAUAUGAAUUAAAAAAGUAUUGGGUAUUUUAA